GUCUGGAUAUUUUGUUUUGUUUUCUUUUCUUUUAACAAAUACUUGGACAUAACGCAACCGGAAAAGGAAGUUGUACGACUCAUAACGCAACGAUUCACUCUGAAGUUUUGCAUUUCUAUACAUAACAGCUGUUUGUCUAUUUAACAAAACGUAUGAGUUUGCUGCUUAAGGCUUUAGUGCGCAAGUACUUCGUCUCCCCAAUAUCCAUUGCUCUCUGCGAAGCAAACGUAUAACGAGACAAUAUAUCUAACCGUAGCAACUAAUAAAUAGACAAUAUUUUAUGGCUCCCCGCAUAUUUGUAUUAAGAGCAACACGAAAACGAGAAACGAAAAACAAAAACUUAAAAAAAAAAAAAAAAAAAAAACGUUCUUUUGCGGUUGGGUAUUAUUAUGCAUAUACUGUUGUGUAUAAUGUCAGUCUUGAAAACGCAUUUGAAGCGUAAAAUUGCACGCGCGUUCUAAUUUUAUUUGUAUUAAUUACACCGACUUAUUAAGUUCGCACAAUGAAUAAAAAAUCAAAUAACAAAAAAUAAAUAAAUAAAAAAAAUGAAGAUUUAAAAGAAAAACAAAAACAAAAACAAAUUUAGAAAUAACUCAUGAAAGCUGAAUAUAUGUUAAACUUCACGUGCUACAUACAAAUCUUAUUAAAUUGCAAUCAUUAAAUCUUGCUAAGGUGAACUGUGCGGCAAGCUUUUUAAAAUAGAAAUUCGGGUAAAAUAUAUAUAUAUAAUUAAUGAAAAGGCGAAAAAGUGUCCAAAAAAAACAAAAAUAAAAGAAAGAAGAUUGUGCUAAAAAUGGCACUCGCGGUUAUUGGCCAUUAAAAAAAAAAAAAAGAAAAGCGGAGAAUGCAUUACCGCUGCCCUAAAUUAAUUCAGUUCAAUAUAAACAAAAUAUGCAUAAAUUACCCGUACCCGUAACUGUUACUCGUACUCGUACUCGUACUUGUACUCGUACUCAUACUCAUGCUCAUGCUCAUGCCCAUGCCCAUGCCCAUGUAUACAUAUCGCAAAAUAUUUACUUAUCUCUGAACUAAUAAUAACGUUAUAAACAAUUUGGAAGCUUGUUCAGGGCUGAACUUUUAGAGGAGGAAUGCGGCAAAAUUGUAGGAAAGAGCCUUGAUGGUAAGAAAAUUAGCGCGACAGCAGCUACGGACUGUCUCGAACUCUGAAAGCUAUAAUUGUAUUAAGAACAGUAGACGUACCCCAACCAUAGAUCAGGGGAUUAAGCGGCUUAUUCGACACCGGCAAAUAAGAACAUAAUUAGGCUUAAAUGUAACAAGAGAGCGUGUGCAGCAACUUCCGAACCGCGGUAUUGAUCUUAACUAUGAACAUAAAAUUGCCAAACCACGUUUAACUCUACAGUCUACAAAAAUGUCGGUCUUGAAUUUGCGGCCAAAUGCAAAUUUCGGCCGGAAGAGUUCGAAAAUUUUAUAUUAAAUGAUGAAGAAAAAUUCAAUUUCAACGGAAGCGUCACCAUGAUGGUGGAUCUCUUAUUAUGGUACCGGCUACAUUUGGAGAAUGGGCUGUUCGAAAUUCAUCGGCACUCAUCAUCGAGCUCUCUUACACGCUUACACAGUUCAGUGUGUGAAAUAUGAGAAGAGCAGCAGAACAGCUGUCUUGUUGCUUGAAUGAGUUUACCGUUCGUUAUAAGAGAAAAUGGUUUUAAUUUGUAUUAAAGAAAUUGCUUUAUAUCCUACAACAAUAUUGAAAAAAACAAUAACAGAAACACUAUAAGACUUAAAAUAGAAGAGAAAACAUAUCAUUUGUUUGUGGUUAUUUUCCACAACAUGUACCAGAAUAAUACAUGAGACAAAUAGCUGAAUUGAACAAACAGCCGUUAUCAUCAACAUGGUUAAAGGCAUUUUAAUAAAUCGCAAAACCGACGAGUCCUUCAAAUCGCAGCUUAAAAUGGAACAUGCCGACCUUGUGGCAGAAAUGCAAGCCGUGGAAAAUCUACCCACACACGAACGUCUGCAAUUGGCAAGACUACGAAGGGCGCAACAGCUUAAAGUUGCACGGCAAAAAGAAAAGGAAUGGCUUAAGCUGCAGAGAGCAAAAGGUGUUAAUCUCACUAUAUUGAAUGGAAUGUCAACGACCCAUCAUCAUUUUCGCAAUGGUGCAACAUCGACGGGGAAACGACAUAUAUCCUUUGAGAAUAGCGUUGUACUGCUGGAGGCCGCCUCGCGCAAUGAUAUGCAUGAGGUGGCCGAACUAUUAGAGCGUGGUAUUACACCUGAUGCGGCUAACGAAGACGGCCUUACUGCUCUCCAUCAAUGUUGCAUUGAUAAUAAUGUCGAAAUGCUUAAGUUGUUAUUGGAUUAUGGUGCUAGUGUUGAUGCCCAGGAUAGCGAUAAAUGGACGCCAUUGCAUGCUGCCGCUACUUGUGGACAUUUGGAAUUGGUGCGGAUACUAAUCGAUCAUGGUGCUAAUUUAUUGGCUGUUAAUACUGACGGCAAUAUGCCGUAUGAUUUAUGUGAUGAUGAGAGUACAUUAGAUUAUAUAGAAGCGGAAAUGUCUAAACGCGGUGUCACCCAAGAGCUAAUUGACGACACACGAUCGGCCACCGAGCGUCAAAUGUUACAAGAUUUAAUAGAUUUAUCGAGAAAUGGCGGUGAUCUGGAACAACCCGACGAACAUGGCGCCACACCAUUACAUGUAGCCGCCGCCAAUGGAUAUAUGAAAGUUGUUGAAUUCCUUUUAGAAAUGCACGUUAAUGUGGAUGCAUUGGAUAGAGAUAUGUGGUCGCCAGUUCAUGCGGCUGCUUGUUGGGGCCAUCUGGAAGUAUUGGAAAUAUUGGCUCAAUUUGGUGCUGAUUUAAAUAUUAAAAAUAAAGAUGACGAAACACCUUCAGAUAUUUGCGAGGAUCCAGAAAUACGCGAGCGUAUCGAGCAACUGAAAACAGAACAGGAAAGUAAACGAUUAGCGGAAGCCCAAAGGCGGCGUGUACGUAGAUCUCAAAGCAAUAAUACCCGAGCACAAUCGGUUCGUCGCACAUCUUUACGUGAUAAAACGUUAACUACGAAAAAAGAUGCCGUCGAAGAGGCAAGAUUACGCUUGCAGGCACAGGAAGUAUUUAUUGUGGCCGCUGAUAGCACUACAAUGGAUCCGAAUGGUAUAGAAAUCGAUUAUAACGAUCCGACCGCCGAUAUUAGUCCUAGUAGCAGUAGUAAUUGGUUAACUAAAACAAUCUCAUCUGCUAGUUCAUCUCAUAACAAUCAUAACAAUAAUAAUACACUUAAGACUAAUCAUAAUCAUCAACACAGAAAUUUUCACGAUGCCGCAAAUUUAAAUCAUCAUAAUAAUGAUGCAGUCGAUUCGACUCGUGCAUUUUCAUUGCAACAAAAUCAGCAACAACAGCAACAAAAACAGCAACAUUCCUAUCAGCCAAGACGCCCGCCAGAAGGUCGUGAAAAUGAUGAAUUGCAAAUGCAGCCUUUUAAGGGUAAUAAUGAAAUGCAACAACAACAACAACAACAACAACAACAUUCCACGGGCACCUCAUCAACAGCAGCGGUUAUGAUGGCAGAUCGCAAUUUAAUGACAACUGCUAGUACAACUACGUCAGGCUCUCUGGCGAGUCAAAGCGCGAACGCCGUACAGAUACAAUCGAGCAAAGAGGCCGCGAAUGGAAAAAUAAAUGUGCAAGUCACCGUUUUGGUUGACACAUCGAGCAAUUCACAUCAUCAUCAUCUGCAACAGCAGCAACAAUUGCAUUUACAUCAUUUACCAACUACAACCACCUCCACCACCACCUCCACCACUACCACAACAACAACAACAACAACAACCACUACAACGCAUCACCAUCAAUUAACGGAUCUCUCUACACUUGCUAACGCUACGACUUUGGCCAAUUUAAAGAAACAACGCUCUCUCUCGCGAACUGGUAUUUUAAAUAAUUGUGAAAAUGGUUCUGUUUUAGGAGCCGCCGUUGGAUCUAGCAACGCCAACAUCCCAAGUAAAGGCAACAGUAACGCCUCCACGAACAGCAACAGCAACAGUCAGCAGCACAUCAAUACGCUUAACAAAAGAAAUAUAACCAACAGUAAUAACAACAAUCUUAUGCAUGCCGAUGUUGGCACAAAUGGAUCUGUAACAAUAAAUCAUCAGCAACAGUCUUCCCCGCUAAUGGAUUACAAUGGCUUACAAGUUGCGAGCGAUCAUUGUUUCGGAAAUUCUGCAGUGACAACGAGUGCUGCUACGGUCGCAGGAAAUUUAGGUAUGAAUAAAUUUAGUGGUAUAACCGGCGAUGUAGUCAGCGACAGUACAAGUUCAAAACGUUGUUGCAUGGUUAUGUAAAAUAUAUCUUUGGUAGAUUUUUAUAUCCAUCAUCGAAACUUGAGGGAACAUUAAUACUUAUAUAU